AGAUAUUAAUAAAAUUAAGGAAUCUAUGAUAGCAAAAAAGUUAAAUAUUUUGAUGUUUGUGUGCUGAGAAAUAAUUAUUCUUGGGAUAUACUAUGGACGGAGGGCUAUAGUGCUAUACAUAUAGCACAUCCUAACCAAACUUAUUCUCUUCUUUUUCAUCUUUUUAUUUAUGCGUCCGCAAUGUAUUGGUAACUAUUUAUGCAUGCCAAAAACCACAUCAUAAGUAACUUCAAGUACUAGUAUAAUAUUUUGAGUCCUCCAAAAACUUAACCUAUAUGGCUUCUUCUGUGCUAUCUCUUUCUAACUCCUCAUCAAACUUUUAUAAGCUUUCGUUUGCUGCAACUGUUAUGUUUGUGAUAUGGUCCUUUUUUAUUUUUGAUGAAAAUUCAUUAAUAGAGAGAAGGCUUGUUGAAGAAAAAGAAGCAAUCCCAAUAGGGGGUGGCGCUGUUGGGCCAGAGAGCUUUGCUUUUGACACUCAUGGUGAUGGUCCUUAUGCUGGUGUUUCUGAUGGACGUAUCAUCAAAUGGCUACCAAAUGAGACCCGUUGGCUUGAUUUCGCCGUCACCUCGCCGGAAAGGGAUGGAUGCGAAGGUUUUCAUGAUCAUUCUGAUACUGAGCACAGAUGUGGGCGCCCAUUGGGUCUGGACUUUGAUGAAAAUACUGGUGAUCUAUAUAUUGCAGAUGCUUACUUGGGCCUCCUUGUUGUGGGCCCAAAUGGAGGCCUUGCUACCAAACUUUCUAAAAUGGUACAAGGUGUUCCUUUUGGAUUCACCAAUUCACUCUGCAUUGAUCAAACUCACGGAGUCCUGUAUUUUACAGAUAGCAGCACCACAUUCUCAAGAAGGAGUUAUGUAUCGGUCAUAGUUAGCGGUGACAGCACGGGAAGGUUAAUGAAAUAUGACAUGAAAAGCAAGCAAGUCUCAGUUCUUCUCAAGAAUCUCAAGUUCCCAAAUGGAGUAGCCAUGAACAAACAUGGUGAUUUCCUCCUUUUUGCAGAGACAACCACUUGUAAAAUCUUCAAAUUUUGGCUCAAAACAUCACAAGCUGGCACUGUUGAGCUUGUUUCAGAGCUCCCAGGUUUUCCAGACAAUAUUAAACGGAACGAAAAAGGAGAGUUUUGGGUGGGAGUUAAUUCAAGAAGAAGCAAAUUCUUGAGUUGGAUCCUCUCCAAAAGUUGGAUUAGAAAUAAUUUACCUAAAAUACCUUUUGAUAUUACUAAAGCCCAUUCUUAUAUGUCAAGUCUUGGUUUUGGUGGGGGUGGUUUAGCAAUUAGACUUAGUGAAGAUGGCCAUGUAGUGGAGAUUUUAGAGGACCCAAAGAACAAAAGGUGGAGGUUUGUCAGUGAAGUACUUGAAAUAAAUGGAAAUUUAUGGGUUGGAUCAGUAAAAUUGCCAUUCGCAAUUAAAGAGAAGGUGGCUAGUUCUGAAAAUUUUGUUGGACACCAACGCGAAUUAUGAGUUAUAGUAUUAAUUAUGUCAUAACUAAUUUUAGGUUGUUAGUCUAGUACUAGGAUAUUAUUAGCUUAAACAGUAUAUAUAUAUAUAUAUAUACUUGUAUGACUGAAUUUUAAAAUUUUAAAGUAGUAAGUCAUAAUACAAGAUUAUUGAUUUUGCAGUA